AUGGUGCCAAAGUUACCGCCGUUACCUCCUGCAAGCUCGUGGUAUCCAGGACACAUGGCCCUAUUCGCAAAAAAUCUUCCGCAACUACUAUCGAAUACACAUGUUGUCUUAGAAGCACGGGAUGCGCGACUACCCUUAACUUCUAUCAAUCCAAACUUUGAAGAGAUGUUGGAAAAGUGGCGAAAAAAUAGAGGUGGUGGUCUGGCUGGACCAGUAGAGCGUGUAGUCGUCUAUAACAAAGUCGACCUAGUUCCGAAGUGGGGCGUAGUGCCCUUUGAACGGGCAUUAUCCCGGCACUUCGAUCAUAAGACUAUUUUCACGACCGCAAAGCUCGGAAAGUCUAUGGGUAGCCUGCACAAACACCUAACGGAUAUCGCCCGUACGCAUGGCAAAGAAAUUCAACAUUUGAACGUGCUCGUCGUCGGAAUGCCGAACGUAGGGAAAUCUACGAUUCUAAAUCAUCUACGAAGUUAUGGAAUCAAAGGGGCUCGAUCAAAUGCCUUGAAGACCUCUCGACUUCCUGGAAUGACCCGUGCGACAUCAAAUCGUAUGCGCCUGUGUGAUGAUCCGUUGAUUUAUUCCAUCGACUCGCCUGGAGUGAUGCUGCCGUUCCUUGGCUACGGCGAUGAAGCGAGGGAGCGGGCUGUCAAAAUAAGUCUCAUCCUGGCAAUGAAGGAGAGUCUAUUUGACUACGAACAGCUGGCAGCAUAUCUUCUGUUCCGACUCAACAGUAUGAACCCCAAAGCGCCUCCAUACCCGGCCCUGCUGUCCAAGCCAAAGAACAAACAGCCGGUGUUUCCGUAUACCGACUCGAUAGAGGAAUUCCUCCAGGUACUGGCGACAAGGAUGGGCUACCUACUUCCAGGAGGCGUGCAUGAUACCAGCAGGGCGGCCAAAUGGUUCGUCGAAUGGUGGCGGGGCUCUGCAGCCGAAGAAGAGAACCUCGGCGGAACGCCUGAAUGGGGAUGGGGUCUCGACUGUCAAUGGGUUAUGGAUGAGCCGGAGGAGAUGCCAAAUCAUACUAUGCCGACAUUUUUAGAUAGCACAGAAGCCAAGGCAGAGGCAGCGCAAGAACGUCAGAUAUUGGGUGUAUCUGAUGAGGAACUUGAGUGGCGGUUUGAUACAGUCAUCAAGAGACAUCUCCAAAGGUCAAAAGAGUUGCUCAACGAAGUGAGUGAGACUCAGGUCAAGAAGAGGGAGAAAGAGGAAGCGAUGGAGCGACGGGAGCAGAAGCGACGGGAGAUGCAGCAUAGGAAAGCAUAA